CCUAUCUUAUCGAUAUUCACUUUUGUAUAUAAGUACAUUUCGUUUUUCUAUUGACAUCGUUUUAGUUUUGUGUUGUGAUCCGCAAGACAAAAAUGAGGGGUACAGCAGCUAUCUUCGUUUGUCUUUUUAUAGGCGUAGCCUUCUGUGAUAUCGUCAAGAUUCCACUGAAGAAGGUUGACUCGCCCAGGAAAUCUAUGAAACAAAUCGUAACAGGCAGAAACGAAAUAUCCAGGAAGUAUGCAGAUCCCUCUGCACCUUUGAUCCUAGCCAAUUACAUGGACGCUCAAUACUACGGGGAAAUCUCUAUCGGAACCCCACCUCAAAAAUUCAACGUAAUCUUCGACACUGGCUCCUCCAACCUUUGGGUACCAUCAAGCAAAUGCUCCCUGCUCCAACCGGCCUGCUUGGUCCACAACAAAUACCACGCCUCAGAGUCCACCACCUACGUCGAAAAUGGUACCGAAUUUGCGAUUGCUUACGGAUCCGGAAGUUUGAGUGGAUUCUUGUCCACCGACGUAGUCAAUGUCAACGGAUUGAAAUCCAAAAGUCAGACCUUCGCCGAAGCCACCAAAGAACCAGGUUUGGCUUUCGCAAUUGGUAAAUUCGACGGUAUCCUUGGUUUGGGAUACAGUUCCAUCGCUGUCAACAAUGUGACCCCAGUUUUCGACAGUUUGGUAGCUCAAGGAGUCGUCAAAGACGCUGUUUUCUCUUUCUUCCUCAACAGAGACCCCAAAGCUGAAAUUGGAGGAGAGAUCGUUUUCGGUGGAGCAGACCAGUCUCGCUACACCGGAGAAAUCACUUAUCUACCAGUCACCAGGAAAGCCUACUGGCAAAUUAAGAUGGACAGUGUCCAGGCAGGUUCAAAGACCGUUUGCGAAUCUGGUUGCCAAGCUAUCGUCGACACUGGUACCAGUCUAAUCACUGGACCCACUGCAGAAAUCAAGACUAUCAACAGAGCAAUUGGAGCAAUGGGGAUUCCCUUCACACAAGAGUACAUAGUAGACUGCUACAGAAUUCCUGACUUGCCAACGGUCACGAUUAUCCUUGGAGGUAAAGAAUUCGUACUAGAGGGUAAAGACUACGUCAUCGAGAUGGAAGCAGAAGGACAAAAAACCUGCAUGUCCGGAUUCACUGGAAUGGAUGUCCCAGAACCAGCUGGUCCUCUGUGGAUCCUUGGAGACGUCUUCAUCGGCAAAUACUACACUAUCUUCGAUCAAGCUAAUGACAGAGUUGGCUUAGCUGAUGUCGUUGUUUGAUGUAAAUGAAGCUUAGAUCUAGCCAGAUAUCAAUGAGAAUUGAAUAAAAUCGUAUUUUUGAA